CAUUAACGGUUCCGAGAAACCACGCUCUGAUUUUUCUCUCUACUCCUUCGCUCUCUCUACCCUUUGCCGAGCGAAGCGGAUAAAACGAAACCAGCUUUUUCUCUCCUUCUGACCUUAAAAAAACCAGUUUUCUUCCUCAAUACUGUCUCUUCGCCCACCAUUAUUUAUUUAUCCAUGGACUCUCUGUAGUUUUUCUUUACCGUGGCUCCUCCCUUUCCUCCGGUUCUUCUAUUGCCUUUUUUUUCUUCCUUUUGCGAGAAGCAUUGGUGAUGUUGCAGAUAAUGACGAUAUGCUUUGUCAAUGAAGGUCUCCGGUUUGCACAUUAUUUGAUGAAAAAUUUCCUCAACAUUGACCAGGAAGAUAUCCCGUGCCAUUAUAUGAAACUCUGUCAGUAAUAUCUCUUAAAUAUUGCCCACAGCAUGGCAGCUGGACAGCAGAAAAAGCGAUUGAAUGCUUCCAGUGUCAUAAGUUGCAACUUGCAGGAUCAGUAUAGAGAGAAAAAGAAGAAGAAUUUGGAAUCACCACCUAAUGUAUUGAAUAUGAGAUCUCAUAUUUCACUUGAGUGGGAUAACAUCCAAAAGAGAGCUGUUGCCAAAAAGGAACAGAUUGGGAUAUCUUGGAGGGACUUGUCUCCAUUUCCUGAUUUUGUUCCUCAUCGUCACACGGGUUUAGCAGAUGUUUUUGCUAUUCCCUGGGAGAUUUUUGGGUUGGAAAACAUGACUGGGGUACUUUCUUAUGAGGUUUGGGAGACACUUCUAUCAGAAAAGGAGAGAGAUUUUCUUAUUCAGUUUCUUCCCAGUGGGACAGAUGCUGAACAAGUUGUGCAAGCAUUACUCUUGGGGGAAAACUUUCAUUUUGGAAAUCCAUUCCUUAAGUGGGGGUCCUCACUGUGUUCUGGUGAUCUUCACCCAGAUGCUAUUCUUUGCCAGGAACAAAAUUUCAAGACUAACAAGAAAGCUUACUACUCAGAGUUGCAAAAGUAUCACAAUGAUAUUGUUCAGAAUCUGCAGAAGUGGAAGGAGAGAUGGGCAAGCAGCAAGGACCCUGAGAAGGAUAUUGUCCAGAAGAUUUGGAGGUCUUCACGAAAGCGUGUGGAAAAUGGUCUUGAAUCUUAUGUUAAUGAAUCUAAACCAUGUGAUCCAGAAGAGAUUAUGGCAGCAACUGCGGAAUCUUGUUCUUGGGUUGCAGAUGAAAAAGUAUGCGGUAGGAAAAGGCAGAGUUUAUUGAUAAUGAAGCAUGGAGAACCACAAGAAAGGAAGGGAACCAUGGACAAGCGUAGAAAUUUAUUGGUGGCUUUAGAAAGGCCUAAGGUGAUGGCAAAUUCAAUAAAAGAAGAAAAGCCACAAAAGCUUUAUAUCCGCUCUUGUGAUGGUGCUAAAUAUAUGUCUUAUUUCAAGGUAAGCAGAAAGCAACAUCAACUUGUUAAGCGGAUAAAGCAGUCUGCUGAUGGCAUUCAGUCCAAGUCUCUUAACCGUGUUUUGGGUGAUAUCAAAAGUUUUCACGUAGAACCAUAUGAAACAUUUGAGGAGGAAGAACGGAAGAAGUUGCAUGAACACUGGUCAAAUUUGGCUAAGAGAGAUCUUCCAGCAGCUUUUUCAUACUGGAAAAAUAGACAAUUGCAGAGACACCAAUGGAGAAGGUCUGUGCAGCAAGAAUUGGCAGAAAAGGAGAAAUCUUUGGUAGGGGAUGAUGAGGAGCAAGAGAAUGUGGAUAACAUGGUUCAAGAACAAGAAGAGAGUGGAAAAUCGGAUAAUGAAGGCUCUGUAGAUGUACAGAGUUGUGGAGGUGAUGAAGAGUCUGUUCCUAACACCACCCACAGUCGGCCUCUGGAGCGAAUUCUUUCACUUAAUGGUCAAUAUGAACUUGAUACUAUGGACAUUGAUUCUGAUGCUGCUAACCAAAAAGUGUUGAAACCAGAAAGUGCAGCUCCAAGUUUUUCAGAAUGUGUAGAGAACACGAACCCUACAGAGGAAUCUGUUGACCAAGAAGUUCCAAUCAAAGAUGUCUGGCCUGAGGGUAGCAUGCCAAAUUCCUACUAUCAUACUACUUCUGCAAGCCAUGGCUAUACAUCUUCCAGUGAGUUGUCACUUGGUCAACCGAAGCCUGUUGAAGAGCAAUCUACUCGCUUCAUAGAUUUGGAAUCUGACAUUCUUGAGCAAGAUACUGGGGAAGUUUUGUUGCACAGACCAUCCAAUGAUGCUGGUUCAAGUUUGCAUGUUGAAAAUGGUGGGUCAUUCUUCAAUUCCUACACAAACCAGGAACGCAGUGAACUACUUCAUCCCUUUCUCAAGGGCCAAGAGAUGAUACAGUCUUACCCUCAUGAGCACAAGCAAACAACAUUCCAGUUCCUGUCAACAAAUGAUGAUUUGCUAGGAAAUGAUCGCCUUCAUGGGAAUUUCUGUGAGCAGGAGAAUCAGUUGGAGCAGAGGGAAAUGAGAGAGAAAGAGCUUUACAUGCAUCAAAUGAUCCAGAAGAACAUGUAUUCUAAUGGAGGUGGAUACCCUAUUCCAAGCCAAGAUCUCUUUUCAUCUGUCAAUGUGCAGGAUUGGGCUGUCAAUCCUGUUCGUGUUCCAGUCCCUGUCAAAACACCCUUAAAUAGUGAGGGAUUGUUGGGUCAGAACUGGUUUCCAGGUGAGCAUCGGGCUCGGGGUGGCUGGUCUGGUGUGGACAUUUCUAGUGGUGCAGCUAGCUUGGAAAAUGGAAGCAAUACAGAUGAGAGCUUGUUCAGUGUUCUGUCACAAUGUAACAAGUUAAAGUCUCUUUCCCAUUAUGAUACAGUGAAUGCAACUGAACACUAUAUUCCAUCAAGGAAUUUUGUGGGUGGAGGAAUUCCUGGAAACAUGGACUUCCCAGGCACAGAUCAUCAGCUUAACUACUUGAGUGGGCGUGAAGCCCCUUCUGCUACCUCCGUCAAAGGAAAUAGUAUGUCAUGGAUGAAUAUGCAGCAUCAGAGUUCAGGCCUAAAUGAUGCACUUGAAAAGCCAUUUUUGAGGUCUUGGAACCAAUAGGGAUAAUCUUGUUAGACAUUUAAAUGGGGUUGGCAGUGUAUGCUGAUGAGCUUGUUGAAUAUGGAGAUAGCUCAGACGCUGGAUGCCAAGGCAUGGCAUACUGGAACUUACGAACUUUUACCAGCCAAGAGAAACAAGGCAGAGGUAGUGAUAGAGACAGUUAUGGAAGCUGAAAAGGCAAAGUUUUGUACAUAUCCAUACAAAAGCCACCUCAAUCCCAUGUACAUAUUUAGAUGGCAAAAGUGGAGGAAGUUACGGUCUUACGGACGGGAAAAAAUAACGGAAUCUCUUCUUUUAUUGGUAAGCAAUAUAUAGUUUCUUUUCCAUAUCUUUUGGUUGGAUAUUUCAUUUUUUUUAGGGUAGGGGGGUUGAAUACAUAAGAUAUCUUUGGGAGACUGGGUGAUUUGAACAUAUGAAACUUCACUGCGGCACCACCUUCUUCGUAUCUCCCCUUGUUUUCUCCUUUCUUCUUUUUCUCUUGAGUUGCAUUUCAAAUUUACUCUUUGCAAUUGCAAGCUAGGAAUUGGGUAUAUUGGCUAUUUGCCAAAUUGUUGUUUGAUUUAAAGGUAUGAUAAACAACAGUCCAGAUAUUGAUCCUUUUUGAGUCUGGAGGCAAACUUGCAUGCAGGGAUUGUAUCGAGGCUCAACACAGAACAGGUUUCGCCACAAGAAUGGGUCAUGUCAAUUUGUUGCCCCAGAUAUUGUCAACCAUUUUAGAGUUGGCCCUAAUUUUGUUUGUAUGCACACAUUUGUUCCAUUUCUCCCA